CCGGAGCUGCAGCGGCGCGUCUCCAGAGGCUUUACCCGGGACUCAGCACCGACCAGGCGGACACAACCUGCAGCCAUGGCCGCUCCGCUCAAAGUCUGCAUCGUGGGCUCCGGGAACUGGGGGUCGGCCAUCGCCAGGAUCAUCGGGGACAACGCUCGGGCGCUGCAGAGUUUCGCCUCCACGGUGAAGAUGUGGGUCUUCGAGGAAACGGUGAACGGGAAAAAACUCAGCGACAUCAUCAACACAGAACACGAGAAUGUCAAGUACCUGCCCGGAUACAAGCUGCCUCAAAAUGUGAUCGCCGUGCCUCAGCUGAGUGAGGCAGCAGAGGGGGCAGACCUGCUGGUGUUUGUGGUUCCUCAUCAGUUCAUUCAUAAAAUCUGUGAAGAAAUGGUCGGCCGCGUGUCCAGCAAAGCCCGAGGAAUCUCACUCAUCAAGGGCAUAGAUGUUGGACCAAAUGGACUGAGGCUCAUCUCUGACAUCAUCCGGGAGAAGAUGGACAUCGACGUGAGCGUUCUGAUGGGAGCAAACAUCGCCAAUGAAGUGGCAGCUGAGAAGUUCUGUGAAACCACCAUCGGCAGUCGUGUCCUGGAGAACGGGCUGCUGUUCAAAGAGCUGCUGCAGACGCCAAACUUCCGGAUCACCGUGGUGGAGGACGCAGACACAGUGGAGCUGUGUGGAGCGCUCAAGAACAUCGUGGCGGUGGGCGCGGGCUUCUGUGACGGCCUGCGCUGUGGAGACAACACUAAAGCCGCAGUGAUCCGCCUCGGCCUCAUGGAGAUGAUCGCCUUCACCAAACUCUUCUCCACAGACGAACAGACGGUUUCCACGGCGACGUUUCUGGAGAGCUGCGGCGUGGCCGACCUCAUCACCACCUGCUACGGAGGACGCAACCGCCGCGUGGCAGAGGCCUUCGCACUCACAGGAAAAAGCAUAGAGGAGCUGGAGCGGGAGAUGUUAAAUGGACAGAAGCUGCAGGGACCUGCCACUUCCGCCGAGGUCUAUCAAAUCCUCAAACAGAAGAACCUCACAGACAAGUUCCCGCUGUUCACCGCCGUGUACCAGAUCUGCUUUGAGGGGAAGCCAGUCGUAGACAUGAUCUCCUGUUUACAAAGCCACCCAGAGCACAUGUGAAGGGACAAUGUGAAGUCUGUGGAUUACGAUUAGGUUUGUAAAAGUAUCGAAAGUCAAAUACUAAUCGAUACCAAAACCAGUGUCCAAACGAGAUCAUUUGAGCAGCUAUCAAUACUAAAAAACGUCACAUUCACAGGACUAAAAUGAACCUUUCCUGAUUAGCUUUAGAAAAAUCUUGAGCUGUGUCAGAAAUAGUAUAAGAGCACAUCGGGUGUUUCCCAGUUGCCAGGAUCCUCGGUUUCUGAACCACUUUGGACAGAUCCACGUCAUCAGAGCUUCGCCAAGUGCUGCUCCAAAUCCUUCAAACCCUCACGUCCUCCACACUCGACUCCUCCGUUUGGCUCUUUUACCAAACAUGCACGGGUGGAUCCUUGGCCGCCUCAGAUCUCAGAAUGCACCACAACUUUCAUUUUUUAUUAAAUUUAUUUAAGCAGUAAAAUGCAUUUUUAUAAAAUACAACUCAUUCUACAAUAAAAAAAGGAGUAAAUAUCUCACUAUUUUAGCCACAUUGCUGCAGAUCACAUUAGGGAUGGGCACGAUUAGUUGAUUAAUCGAUAAUUGAUCAUUAAGAAUUUCAUCGAUUACGUUAAUUUUAAUCGACAAACCGAGUGUAGGUUGCUGUGCGUAGCGUGCCCAAACAGGGGUCUGUACAUGUGUCUCUGCAUCAGAAGGAGCGAGACACAAACAGUCAGUCAGUCUGCAACAUACCGAAGCACAAAUGCGUAUUUAAGGAUGACUUGUACAAGAAACUUAGUUUAUGCAAAUUAGCGAUGCGGUUUUAAGUUUCGUUUCUGUGAAAGUUGCGCAAAACUGAAUUAAACACAUUAUAAUCUCGUGCUGAUGUGGCUCUAGAGUGUUUACGGUUUAUAUGUCGUAAAGUUGAAUUUAUUUAUGCAGAUUAGUAGUGCAGAUAGUAAUAAUAAUGAUGAUAAUUUUAAUAUAAAAACGUUAAUGAUUAAUCGAUAAUCGAUCGUUAGUUCUUCCGACGAUCGAUUAAGAAAAUUUCAUCGAAUGCCCUUCCCUAGAUCACACAAUUAUCAGAUCGAAUGAAUUCAAAUCAGGGCAAAUUCAGCUAAAUCUCUUAAAGAAGAGCACUGGGAAUACAAUUAUUCAAAAAUGUUUCAGCCUGUGCAUUUAUUUAUUUAGGUUAAUGAUGAGCCUAAACAACUCAAUAACAGAUGAUUCACUCAGCCUUUAUUAUUCACAUGUUUUAAUACAUGUGACCACAGACUGUAUAAAAGAAGUGGACUAAGUGAGUGUGAUUUCACCCGUAGUGUUCAGCGUCGAUCAAAUGAGGCUCACGAUGUUCACGGUUACAGGAGUGAAUCUGGAGCCAGGUUCUAUGUUAUGAAUAGGAUAUUUUUAAUGGACAAAAUAGCAAAAAAAAAAAAAUCAGGAUCACGUGUCGCAGGUUAAUUAAAUGACGAGGCUCACUGCAGCAGGUACAGGGAGAGGAGCCACAAGAUCCAAAUGUAAAGUCAAUUGGAGCCAGAGUCAGAAAGAGCCGGAAGAGCCUCCUGGAGAACUUCCUAUUUGGCACACGGUGGCUACAGCGUUAUCUAUGUCCUCUCAUAUAUAUACAGUCUAUGCAUGUGACACAUAAAAACACAUCUAAACUCUUUAUAUUUGUAGAAGCAUUUAUGUUUAUUAAAACUCUGGGUUUUAUCACAUUUGAUUUGAUCAUGCAACAGGGCGCAGUCCCUCCAGAGCCUGUUCCGGGACUUGUGAGCAGGACACUUGGAUCUGUUUCGGAGGAGUCGACUCUGGAGGAUAAAGUGAUCUUUGGAGGAAGGAUCCUGGGAAUUGAGAAACACCCACAGACUAGUUUACGCCCAUGGACCACUAUGGAACCUGCCUGGACCACUGAGGGAUUACACAAAUAUAAGACCACAUAGAAAAGAAAGUGCAAGAUUUAAUGUUGAAAAUUACAUUCUAUUGUCUAAAGAAAGUGUUUUUUUAAUAUUGUGGCAUCAGAAUCAGUAUUGAGUACUGUAAAUUUGUAGCAUCAUUACAGUACUCGGCCUCAAUAGUGGCACAUUUGAGGUCAGUGUUUGUUUUUUCUACAGAGGUGGGUAGUACUCUGUUACAUUUACUUUACUUAAGUAUUCAAAACAAUAUUUAUCUGUGCAGUUUUCAGACCUCAUACUUUUACUGCUACUUCAGUAAUAUAUUGUACAGUGUAACAGUACUCUUACUCUUAAGCUUUAUUUUAGCAAUUCUAGAUAAUUUGAACGAAUCCUGCAGACACUUUUCUGGUUUAUCCCUUAAAAAUAACAGAUUCUAUAAACUAUUUAAACCGGAGUUUUUAUUGUUUCUAAAAUGCCCCCCUCCCUUUGCUCUGCACACUUAGUCACUCCCCCUUCAAAGCUUCUAUCGGAGUUGCUGUGUCCAGUUUUGCAUCACGUUUUUGUUUAUUUAUUUAGAAUUGUUGUGUAGGAGCUUUUUACAGACUCCUACAGCUGAGCAUACUCUUACUUUAGGUCAACGUUUGGCUACUCUACCCACCUCUGUACAUUCCUCUGAAAACCAGGACCAAACCAGAACUAAACCAGGACUAAAUCAAAGACUAAACCAAGCCCGUCACUUAUUAUUGUUGAUUAUUUGGGCCACUGGAACCUAUAGCUCCUCUGAUGAAGAACACUGCUGUUUCCUCCACGCGGUUCAGCCUCGUUCAGAUCAAUUAUAAUCAUCAUUUUCUAAACUGUCAGAAACCUCAGCCGUGUUCAUUUAAACGGGAGCGGAUCAAACGUGUCGAGUUAAUCUGCAGAUGUUGUGGUGCGUCAGAUGUUGGAAAUGGAGAAUGGAAUGUCGUGACCGAUAGAAAAGAUCAGGUUCAGCGUUUGUGGAUUUUGUUCGGAAGUUUUGAGCGCGUUUUUAAACUCCAUAUACCUUCACUAGAAUCAUUUGCCAAUUUCUAACUUGGAAUACUAUCACUAUGUGACAUCACAAGGGGGAACGGAGCAUUUUGAGCUCGAGAAACUGCCUCUUAACUCUUGUAAAACUACGAUAAAUAAUGACCACAUGUCCUAUCCCACCAAACCAACCAGAAAUGAAAAAAAAAAAAACGUAGCCUAUAUUAGUCAGAUUUUCUUUAAAAAGCAAGUAUUAUUGUGAGCGGGGGUGCCUCUCCACGGAGCUGACCUGUAAGUUGGCCUGGUGGAUGUACAUUUAAUGCCGUACUGUAGAAGUUUUAAAAAGCCUGAAUAAUUAAAAGUGCACUGUGUAACUUUUCUGAUGGAGAAUCUGCUAUUUGGUCGUCUUCGUGGAUGCGCUGUUGCUUUUAGAAUGGUCCAUCUUUCGGCUUUAAGAUCUGAGAAGCGGCGCGUUUUUCAGGGUACAUAUGAGCCGUAGAUAAACCUUUAAUGGAAAAACUACAGAGGAUUUUUACACAACAUGAAAUCCAAGUCUUUCAAAUGUACAAACACUUUAAGACAGAAAAGAAACGAGAAACAAAACAGCCACUUCAUAAGAGGAUGUAGCAACACAGGACCACAGUCUUCUGUACAUCUCCAUCUCAAAGCCUCGGGUCACUCCUUUGAGGACCGUGAGGUACAGAUCUGGACCAGAGAAAAGAAUUGGUUUGAGAGGGGAGUUGAAAAGGCUAUUUUUUGUUAGGAAAGAGAAUCCAUCCUUGAACAGAAAUAUCUCUCUCCUUUUACAACUCCAUCCUCAGACCUAAACCAAAACAAAGAAAAAAUAGUGGAUGGUCUGUUCAAGCUCAGAGGUGUGAAAGCUCCCAUCGGGGGCCUUCUGCUAAUAUGACUCAUGACUCAUAUGGCACAUGGAUCUGUAAUAAAAAAUGGAUAAGCCCAUCCCCCUCUGUCCCUGCUCCAGAUCAACUAGUGGCCGCUCCAGGUACUGCAGCUCCAGGGAGUUUGGGCCCAGAAAGAAUUCUCUCAGAGUGCAAUGCAUUUUGGGAAUUCAGACUGCUCGUGUUCUGCAUCCAGAUUUCACAAAGGUUGGAUUUUGUAGGAUUCCUUUCUAAGUUCACAAUAUAAACUUUCUAAAAAUUUUUAAAUCCUCUAAGUGCCUAAAAGUGAUUUUCGUCAGACUGAGCCUCGCCGCUCUGAGCCUACACUAGCAGCUCUCGCUCUGAUUGGUCCAAACGCUCCACGCCGUGCACUUUACAGACGUCACACGGGUGGGAGGAGCUCGUCCGAAUUGAGGAAGUGAAUGCAAAAGAGAAAAUUAUUUUUGGGCUCCUGUGCCAAUGAACACUAGCCAGGCUGGUGCCACCUUGUACCUGGAAUUUCAUUUCUCUCCAGCGACCAGGUCAGGAAUCAGAAGGCACUAGAUGUUUUUGCAAGAACCCCGGAAGUUGUAGACCGUGCACCAGCCAAUCAGCGAAGAACCAUACAUUCUGUGUUGGCAACGAUUCCCAGGGUCGAAGAUUUAAAGCCGGAACAAAGAAAAUGUUUGGUGAAUUUUAUCAAAGGGGAAAGACAUUACUGUCCUUCUUCCUACGGGAUUUGGGAAAAACUUAAUAUACCAGUUAGUCCUGUUAGCAGACCAUUACAUAUGUCACGACCAAACAGCAGCAAUUGGUUAAAUUUAAAAAAAGUACCCACCUACCAUCGAGCGAACGAACGCUGCGAGUUCAGACGGAUUCUACAAAGUGAAACCGGCUGAUGAAUCAGGCUGAGCACAGACCACUGAAAACAAUACAGCGCCAUCUUGGGUUGACCUUCAGAUUUGAUUAUAGUUCUAUGCUCAGGCACAGUCCCCACUCAGCUCGGUCUGUUGAACUGUACUAACAAACACACACCUACUUGUUUGCAGUGUCUUAGUUUCAGAGUAGUUUCAGUGUAGUUAGCUCCCUCUUCAGGCAGAUAUAAGGAAAUGUCCACCAGCAUCUGACCAGAACUGAAGAAGCAGCUUGGAUGAGCUGAGAAACGAAUUCGAUGACAAAAAAAACUUUUGUCCAGUUAAGCCAAGCAUACACUGUGUGAUUUUUGGCCCUUUUUGAGCCGAUUUUUUUUUUGCAACUGUUUUUGGGAUCGGGGCUUGUUUUUCAGACUUUCGGCUUAUUCGUCUGAACCGAUUAAUACCUCACGACCAGCUCCUGAUCGGCAGUCGUAGCUCGCAAGAAAAUCAAACCUGUUUAAAAUCCAGUCGUAUCUCAUGAGGGUUUCACUCUGUUGAAGUAGUUCCAUGAGCUGUGAACUUUUAAACCCUGUGAUUUGGUCGUACAGUUUGAGCUGGGGCUGAGUGAAACCAGCGAAAAUAUUCCACAGUGUCCGUUCGGCUUAACAGAACUGAAUUUCUCCUUUGCCCUGGAUUCCACCUCAACGACUGAAGGAUUUUACACAAACCCCUAAUCGAAUAAAUGCAAGAUAGUCAUAGUUUGGAACAUUCUAGCAAAACAAUUAAAUAUCCAUGGUGAUAAGCGACUCGCAGACCCUCCACCCGAAAAGUUACGUAGUGCGGCUUUAACUUUAAUGCCUCUGUUACUUGUGUUCCGCUGUAGUGUUUUAACUUUUUGGUGCUAUCAUAGAUCUAGAUUUGAAAAUGUUUUUAUUUCAGAUCUGCAGUAAAUGAAAGUUUGCCUUUUAAAUGUGAUGUGAAUUUGUUUGUAGACUCAUCAUUCUCAGGUCGUCAUCAAGCCAGAUGCCCUACCACUUACGACUAUAAAUACUAUUAACCAUUGUGUGAAUGAUGAUAACUUUGAAUGUCAGGAAUGUGUUUUUUUUUCUCUUAUAACUUACAUUGUCUUUGACCUGUUUAAUGUGUGUAAUAAACAAAAAGCAAUAUUUAGGUACAUUUAAAGCGUCAAGUUACAAUUAAAUUAUGAAGAUGAAUUGUGUUUUGAGGAGUUUUGUUAGUAAAUAUCAGAUAUUUUUGACAUUUUUUUCUUGUUUAAAUCCAAAUAAUCUGUCAAUUUAAUCGGAUUUGUUACUUAUUUUGCAGUGUUUCUUCUGUAUUAACAUAUAUUGAGCAGUUACAAAUGUAUUCCAGAAGGUUCUAUUCACGUUUACUGGAAAAUGUUUGGAAAUAUGCGGGUGACGACUUCCGGUGUAGUUCCUGAAUCAGUGUGUCAUUCGUUCUUUUGUUUUUCAAAAUAAAAUACAAAAUAAGAGAACGAAAAAACAAUUAUUUUCUUCAUUAUUUGUGUCUAAAACCAAAAUGGGGGAAAAAAAACCGUUAAUGAUUCAGAUAACUGCCGUUUCCCAUUUCCGUGACUUAAACGAUGCCGCACUGAACCAGGACUAAACCAGGUCUAAACCAGGUUUAAACCAGGACUAAAAUGGGACUAAACCAGGACUAAACCAGGACUAAACCAGGACUAAACCAGGUCUAAACCAGUUCCAAACCAGGUCUAAAACAGGAUUAAAACAGGACUAAACCAGAAUUGAACCAGGACUAAACCAGGUAUAAACCGGUCUCAGUCCUGGUCUCAAUCCCAGUCUGGUCCCAGUUUCCUAAUCAGCCAAUGGUCUUAAGUGGGCGCACCUUCGGGCCCUUCCCGACACUCUUGGUUCAGUCCUGGUUCACUUCUGGUUUAGUCCUGGUUCAGUUCUAGUUUAGUCUUAGUUUAAGACCGACCGGAACCAGACCGGGACUGAGACCGGGACUGAGUCCGGUUUAGACCUGUUUUAGUCCUGUUUUAGUCAUUUUUUCCCCAUUAUUUAUUUAAACACAAACUCUGAAACUGAAAAACAAAUCGUUAUCCGUUUUUUCAUUUUGGAUUUUGGAGACAAAUGAUGAAGAAAGAAGUUGUUUGUUCGUUUUCUUAUUUUUGGUUUUAUUUUGAAAAAUUUAUGAACGAAUGACACACGGAUUACAACCUGCCAAAGCUUUCCAUUUCUGUUUUUUAUUAAAUUAGACAAAUUAUAAUACACAAAUUAAUAGGCAGGUUGUAAAAGGAAAAUAAUAAGAAUACAGUGACAUUUAGAUGAAGAAAACCAGGCAAUUUUCUCAGUUUUCCCAGAUUUUGUCAGAGUUUUUAUCGCCGACAGCCCGAAGGAAGUCGUCAUCCGCAUGUUUCCAAACGUCUUCCGGUUUUAAGUGUGAAUAGAGCCCAGUACUGACAAUAGUGUUCAUUUAAAUUUAAGCCGUGUUACCUCAU